ACACAAACGAUUCCGAGCCAGAUGAAAGCUGCCGUCAUUAAGGCUUUCAAGCAGCCCAUGGAGGUUGACACGAAGCGCAAGGUGCCUUCGGAUCUCGAGGGGUACGACAUUCUCGUGCAGUGAGUGCACAUUCGCUAGACACACUUCUUUUAUUCUCCAAGCUCAAUUCCGGUGCAACCCAUCACCAGAGUCAAGGCGGCUGGCAUGUGCCACACAGACCUGCAGGUGCUCGAGGGCGUGUAUGAAGAUGCCGGUGCUCACCCGGGCCAGAUUGGGUCUCACGAGCCUGCUGGCAUCGUCGUCAAGCUUGGCCCGCAAGCUGAAAAGGAGGGCCGCGUCAAGGUUGGCGACCGUGUCGGCUCGAUCAACACUUACGGCUUCUGCGGCGAGUGCGAGAUGUGCAAGAAGCAGGGAGCACAGCUGUGCGAGAACGCAAAGGGCCUCCUGGGUCUCACAGUCGACGGUGGCUUCGCCGAAUAUUGCAAGAUGGAUGCUCGCGUUGUCGGUCAGAUCCCCGAGGAGAUCCCCUUUGCUGAAGCGGCUCCGCUCUUCUGCGCUGGCGCGACAAUUUAUGGCGCACUCAAGGCCAUUGGCAUCGAGAAGGACCAGUGGCUGGCCAUCGUCGGGACAGGCGGUGGUCUUGGCCACCUUGGCGUCCAGUACGCUAAGGCACUCGGCUUCAAGGUCGUAGCACUGGACAACCGUCAAGAGGGCCUUGACGUCCUUGAUGAGCUUCCCUCCCACCUGCGCCCCGAUGAGAAGCACCUUCUUGCCGAAGACGAGAGCAAGAACGGCAAGCUCCUCGAAAAGCUCGGCUCGAGCUUCUACAAGUCGAACCCGGGCGUAGACAAGAUCGUCAUCUGCACAGAGGGAAAGAACCUGCCCCGCAUCACUCAGCAAUUCCUUCGCAAAGGUGGUGUGAUCUGCGACGUCGGACUCCCGGCAGACGGCCCAUUGGAAGUGGACAGCUUCUCGCUGAGCUUCAAGGAGCAGACGAUUAAAGGUCGAUUGAUUUGUACGCCUGCAGAAAGCCAGGAUAUGGUCAACUUGCAUGCAAAGCACGGCUGCAGGACAUACAUCGAGAAGACAUACCCGGUCGAGGACAUCAAACAAAUUGUCGAGCACUACCAAGCAAAGACUCUCAAAGGCCGCAUUGUCAUGACCUUCGAGUAGAAAUGUAGCAUUAGAGAAGGGAAGAGUAGCUUCAGUCACUUAUUAGCAUACACGACAUUCAUUGACAAAGACGUGCGCCACAUUGUCC